GUCCAUACGCAUGCUCAAAAUUCAACAUUCUCAUUGAAGCCUGUUGCCUCGCACAUAAUGAGGUACAUCGUACAGAUUAGAGAAGAUUACUUUUUACGCUGUCUUUGAAGAAUAGCCUCACAACAGAUGAAAGAGUGAACAUUUAGGAUCUAUAUAGGGAUGUUAACUGAUAAGUGCAGCACAUGAACUGUGUGAGUAGCAGGCAGACUGGAAAACUCACUGUACGUCUCACAGUGGGCAUACUGAAGCUUCCCUCUCUUCUUUUGCAACUAGUCAAGACAACACUGCUUGCAGCAGCAUGCUGCAGACAGUGAGUGAGUGGCUGUGGUGGGAGCGUCUGUGGCUGCCAGCAAAGGUCUCCUGGUCAGAUCUGGAGGACAAUGAAGGUCGUGUUUACGCGAAAGCCUCUCAACUUUACGCUGCUCUGCCCUGCGCCCUCUGCCUGCUCCUAGUCAGAUACCUGUUUGAGAGGUACCUGGCCACACCACUGGCUAAUGUUUGGGGAAUCAGGGAUAGGGUACGUCUCACAGCAGAACCACAUCCCAUCCUGGAAAAGUACUUCUGCAGCCAAACACGGUUUCUAUCACAGGCUGAUGUGAGGUCUCUGUGUAAGAAGACCAGUUGGCCAGAAAGGAGAGUGCAACUCUGGUUUAGGAGGAGGAGGAACCAGGAGCGUCCUGGGCUUCGCAAGAGGUUCUGUGAGGCCAGUUGGAGAUGUGUGUUUUAUAUUUUUGCAUUUGUCUGCGGAGUCCUGGCUCUCUAUGAUAAACCGUGGUUAUAUAAUCUGAAGGAGGUUUGGGCAGGCUUUCCGAAACAGUCCAUGCUGCCAUCUCAGUACUGGUAUUACCUCUUGGAAAUGGGCUUCUACCUUUCUCUGCUCCUCAGCCUCACAUUUGAUGUGAAACGGAAGGACUUCAAAGAGCAGGUGAUUCAUCAUAUAGCCACACUGACUCUUCUGAGUUUCUCCUGGAUUUCAAACUACAUCCGUAUUGGAACCCUUGUGAUGGCAGUUCACGACUCCGCUGACAUACUGCUAGAGGGUGCAAAGGUAUUCAACUAUGCCAAGUGGCACCAGACUGCUAAUGCCAUGUUUGUGGUAUUUACAGUUCUCUUUAUGGUGACAAGACUUGUCAUUUUUCCUUUCUGGUUGAUCCACUGUGCAUGGGUGUACCCACUGGAGGAGUUUGCUCCCUUCUUUGGCUACUAUUUCUUUAAUGUGAUGUUGUUGGUUCUACAGAUACUCCACCUCUACUGGGCUGUUCUCAUAUCACGAAUGGUUUAUAAGUUCAUCUUCGGCAAGCUGGAAGGGGACGACAGGAGCGAUGAAGACGAGGAUGACAGUGACUCACUGAAGGAAAGAAACCACAAAAUGAGUCACAUAAAUGGCUCUGGAGCCAGAGGCCGGGCCAAUGGUCACUGACACGUACAGACAGACAGAAACAGAAAAAAGAAAAUGGAUAGCAGACACAUGGACAUAUUCAGUCUGGAUGGCAGCUGUUAGACUCGCAUUGCAUAUAAAAAAGACUAAAAAGACUUGAGCAGAGAAAUUAUUUUUAAAGGAACUGUGAAGGAUUAUACAUAAACUGAUUUGAAUCUGCAUGGUUUCUGGAAUUCUUUGAAUUCAGACCCUUUCACAAUUUAUCUUGUUCUUUAUCUUAUCUAAUUAAAAAUAUAGGAAGACUCCUUUAA